GGUUCUUAGAAGUUAAGUGUUAAGACACCCCAAAACGAUGCCGUAUUAUCAGGAACAUUUACCUCUUACCUCUGCUAGGCCUGUCUUCACAAUCCGCCGCUGUCAUUCGCCGUCGCACAAAUAACGCUUGGAGAUGAUGCACUAUCUAAAUGGCAGCGUUCGUUUAACCAGGUGGUUUUCGACUGGGAAGUCUCGCACAAAAUUAUUCAUCGGAGGGCUUUCUUAUGAUACUAAUGAAACUGUUUUGAAGGAUUCUUUUGGAAAGCACGGUGAAAUUGUUGAAGUUAAAGUUUUAUGCGAUCACGUGAGUUCCAAGUCAAGAGGAUACGGGUUUGUGCAGUUCACUUCUGAAGUUGCAGCUAGUGCAGCUAUUAAAGAAAUGGAUGGCAUGUUACUGGAUGGUAGAAAUAUUCGAGUGCAGUAUGCACACAAGGGGUGACGAGUACUGUAAACACUGGAAGCACUGCUGCAGCACCAUCACAUCAACUACCAGAAGAACUCUUACAGUAGUGUGCUAGAUAUGUAUGCUUGCCUGAAAGGGAAAAGAUUGGUACCAGUUGUGCUACUCCUCUUGAAUCACUUAUUAAAUUGAAGAACUGGUGAAGUCCAUGAAGUGCAAUGGUGUGUGCUUGCUCUCUCGAAGAUUAACAUAUGGUAGGACUAUCAUGCAUAUGAUAUGUCAUCAAAGAAUAAACAAAACCUAUCAAGCUCCAAUGUGGAUAUGGGUAUGGGUAUAUGUGCGGAAAUGGAUUCCUGAACAAUUAGGAUAUGGCAAGAAUGGACUCAUUUGAAAUUACUGAAUCAAGAGUAUUGUUGUUUGAUA